UAAACGAGCGCAGUUCGCAAACGGUCACAUUGCAAUAAACACAGCUAUACGGAUAACUUUUUUAACACAUUUUGUAAUUGUUAUCAAGCUUUUGUUUUCACUAUGUAUUUAACCGGUACAAUUUUCACAAUAGUGACGUACUUGUCACUGACCACCGCAUUACCACCGUGCAUUUGCACGCGAGAGAAAAGCCCCGUGUGCGGUUCCGAUGGCAAAACAUAUAGCAACUUGUGCAUGCUGAACUGCGCUCGCGCAUCAAACUCUAGCCUCACCUUAUCAAGUUACGGCAGAUGCGAAACUCUCCCAAUGAUACCAAGCAACUGCAUAUGCACAUUCGAAUUCAACCCUGUAUGCGGUACAGAUGGUGAAACAUACCCCAAUCCGUGCACCCUCAAAUGUCGACAAAAACUAAUCCAGAGACUAGAGAUAAGCCAUAGAGGAGCGUGCAGGAACAUUCGAGAUGUUGACGACUCUUGCGGUUGUAAGAAAAGGGAAACAAAAUUAGUCUGUGGCACAGAUGGUAUCACGUACAAAAACCCUUGUUUACUGAACUGCGCGCGCGAAACGAAUCCCGAUUUACAUGUACUGCAUGUUGAUUCUUGUGAUGAGACGAAAGAUGAUCUACCUAAAAAUCGUCUUUGUGCGUGUACGAGGAAUCUACAGCCGGUGUGCGCGUCUGACGGAAUCACUUACGGCAACAAAUGUCUGAUGAAAUGCGCGGGAACUCACCUCACUAUACUCGGACUCGGAUCUUGCGAUGAAUUUUAAUGCUGUCAUUUGUAUAAAUGCGUCAUCUCAAAGAAUCGCAGUAACGUCUUUAAAGGAAGAAUAAAGCUUGCCAAACUGCCGUGGGCGUGAA